AUGUAUUCGUGUUUAGUUUGCGGUAAUUCUUCUUAUAAGACCAAGUACACUCGUCCUGAACUUGUUUAUCAUAGAUUACCUAGUAAUCCAAACUUAAGAAAAAUAUGGCUUGAAGUUCUUAGAAUUGGUCAUUAUUGCUCCGAUUGGCAAUGUGUAUGUGGUGACCAUUUUUUAAAAGAAAACUAUAGACCAGGAAAGCGAAUUUUAUUUCGAAAUACUAUUCCACAACCUUAUGAUCAAAAAUGCGAUCAAAAUGGAUUUCCCAAUAAUUAUACUAUUCAAAUGAAUGAUGUUGAAACUGGCAACAAUGGUGUUUUACCGAUGGAACAAAAUAUUAUAAUUAAUAAAAAAUUGUUUCAUUAUGAUGGAAGUGAUUUCACAGAAUCUGAUUUUUUUUUAGAGAGGAAGACUGUUGUAAAUAAUUUUAAAACACAAAGACGGUCAGGCAGAAAAUUGAAAUCUACUAGAAUUAAUGAAGACAUGAAUUAUUAUGAAUAUUUGCCGAGACCCAAAAUUGAAAAGGGGCAAACUUCUACAGUCAUUGAAACAGAUGUAAAACCAGUGUUAACAGAUACUAAGGACCGUUCAUUGAAAUAUGGACCAUGCUGCUCAGUUAAAAAAUGCUUCAACAGGUAUUCAAAGGAACUUAGUUUCUUUGGCUACCCUAGAGAUUUGACACUAAGAAAAAAGUGGAUAGCAAAAUCUGGACUAGUAGUAAGUCCUACUGCAAUAAAAAUUAUAAAUCGUUACAAAGUAUGUAGUGUUCAUUUUGACGAUGAUUGUUUUAAAAAUACUAAAUUGAAGAACAGAUUAAAACCUGGUGCUAUUCCAACACUAUUUGUAGCUGAUGGUAUAAUAGAAUCGAGAAAUAUUCCAUUAACAAAUCCACCUGUAAACAGUGGGUUUGUUCAAAUAAAUAAAUCAUCUUGUUCAUCAUCAAAUUAUGAUGAAAAUGUGGAAUCUGAAGAUACUCCGUCAUUGGUUUAUAAUAAUUCGACUUAUCAAGUAUUAAAAUCAUCAGUACCUUCCGCUUUGCCAUUACCAAUAGAUGCUUGGCAAUCCGCAUCUAAUGCUAGAAAGAAUUUACCAGGUAUAAUAGAAUUGAGAAAUAUUCCAUUAACAAAUUCACCUGUAAACAGUGAGUUUGUUCAUAUAAAUAAAUCAUCUUGUUCAUCAUCAAAUUAUGAUGAAAAUGUGGAAUCUGAAGAUACUCCGUCAUUGGUUUAUAAUAAUUCGACUUAUCAAGUAUUAAAAUCAUCAGUACCUCCCGCUUUGCCAUUACCAAUAGAUGCUUGGCAAUCCGCAUCUAAUGCUAGAAAGAAUUUACCAGGUAUAAUAGAAUCGAGAAAUAUUCCAUUAACAAAUCCACCUGUAAACAGUGGGUUUGUUCAAAUAAAUAAAUCAUCUUGUUCAUCAUCAAAUUAUGAUGAAAAUGUGGAAUCUGAAGAUACUCCGUCAUUGGUUUAUAAUAAUUCGACUUAUCAAGUAUUAAAAUCAUCAGUACCUUCCGCUUUGCCAUUACCAAUAGAUGCUUGGCAAUCCGCAUCUAAUGCUAGAAAGAAUUUACCAGGUAUAAUAGAAUUGAGAAAUAUUCCAUUAACAAAUUCACCUGUAAACAGUGAGUUUGUUCAUAUAAAUAAAUCAUCUUGUUCAUCAUCAAAUUAUGAUGAAAAUGUGGAAUCUGAAGAUACUCCGUCAUUGGUUUAUAAUAAUUCGACUUAUCAAGUAUUAAAAUCAUCAGUACCUCCCGCUUUGCCAUUACCAAUAGAUGCUUGGCAAUCCGCAUCUAAUGCUAGAAAGAAUUUACCAGGUAUAAUAGAAUUGAGAAAUAUUCCAUUAACAAAUUCACCUGUAAACAGUGAGUUUGUUCAUAUAAAUAAAUCAUCUUGUUCUCCAUCAAAUUAUGAUGAAAAUGUGGAAUCUAAAUAUACUCCAUCAUUGGUUUAUAAUAAUUCGACUUAUCAAGUAUUAAAAUCAUCAGUACCCCCCGCUUUGCCAUUACCAAUAGAUGCUUGGCAAUCCGCAUCUAAUGCUAGAAAGAAUUUACCAGGUAUAAUAGAAUUGAGAAAUAUUCCAUUAACAAAUUCACCUGUAAACAGUGAGUUUGUUCAUAUAAAUAAAUCAUCUUGUUCAUCAUCAAAUUAUGAUGAAAAUGUGGAAUCUGAAGAUACUCCGUCAUUGGUUUAUAAUAAUUCGACUUAUCAAGUAUUAAAAUCAUCAGUACCUCCCGCUUUGCCAUUACCAAUAGAUGCUUGGCAAUCCGCAUCUAAUGCUAGAAAGAAUUUACCAGGUUCGACAGAUAUAAUAGAAAUGGGAAAUUUUCCAUCAACAAGUGAGUUUGUUCAUAUAUAUAAACCAUCUUCAUCAUCAUCAGAUUAUCUUGUGAAUGUGGAAUCUAAUGAUACUCUAAUGUUGGCUCAUAAUACAUCAAUUAAGGAUUUUGAACUUAAUUGUUCUAUACCAGGAUGUACAUCUAACAUAACUAAUACUGAUGAAGAACUCUACCUUUUUGCACCAACAAUAGAAUGUGUGAAUAAGUGGAGUUCAGCAUUAGGUCUACAGUUGAAUGUAAACUGUUGUAUCUGUGAAAGACACUUCAGACCGCAAGACUUAAUUAGUGAACAAUGUUUGGUAGAUGGUUUAAACAAAGUAGUAAAAUUAUUAGUACAUUCUGCUUUGCCAAUACCAAUUAAUGAUGUGGGGUUAGCAUCUAAUGCUAGAAACAAUUUACCGGAUAAUACAGAUAAAUGUUCUAAAUCUAAUACUUUCAUGACAAUUGAUAAUUUUUCAAACAUUGAUUCAAAUCUCAAACAAAAACUGAAGAACAUCUCAGCUAAAAACUCGCUGUCCAUCACUUUGGAACCAAUUGAGAAAUCUAAAGCAACAGAACCAUCAGUAGAUUUAUUUUCAAGAACGUCUGCCGGAAUAAAGACUCCAGUUAUUUCAAAAUGUAUAUCAUUAGCCAAAAUACCAGAUUCACAUAAUUCAAGUUCAAAUAAAAAUAAUCCUACUUCAAAAACAUUUAGCCUUAUUAAUAAUAUGGAGUAUUUUGAACGCCAUUAA